CACGAACGACAAACGAACAUGUCAUUGAUGCACGUGCCGACGUGUGCACGCCUUGUUUGAAAUUGUGAGGCGGUGAAGUGAGGUUAGAAAUCUAUUCAUUUCCAAAAUCGGGGUAAUCUAACGGGUUUGAAUGGACAUGGAAAUUGAAUCUGUUAAGAGAGCUCGUCUUAAAAUGAAAUCGAAAGAUAAAUCCAUGGUGCCUGCAAAUAGAGAUCAGGGUCAGAUACAAAUACGUUUUGUGACUAAGCAGCAGAAAUACGCAGUGCCAGAUUAUCCCUUGUCGGUUCACAGCUCAAUAGACACCGAUGAAUUAAACACUUUGAUAAACGAGCUUCUGAGAGAGUCGAAUGAUGUCCAGGACCAAGUGGAGUUUGAUUUCCUGAUUUGCUCACAGUUUCUACGCAGCUCGUUGACAGAUCACAUUGCUGACAGGGGAGUCUCUACGGAGGAGGUGAUAGAUGUGGAAUACGUGGAGAAGCAUCCUUCACCAGAGCCAAAGGAUUGUCUGAUACACGAUGAUUGGGUGUCUGCUGUCGCUGUUUGUGGAAAAUGGAUCCUGACUGGUUCUUACGACAAUAUGUUACAUAUUUGGACAUUGAAAGGCAAACAUCAACUUGUAAUCCCUGGACAUAUAUGUCCCGUCAGAGCAGUGGCCUGGAUAUCUCUCAGCGACGACAAUGCUUCCUUUGUUAGCGCAUCGAUGGAUAACACAUGCAUGAUAUGGAGUUGGGAUAUAACGAGGAAUUCCGUGGAAUGCAUACAUAUCUGCAAGGGACACAGAAGAAGCAUUGAAGCAGUUAGUGUUAACUAUGACAAAACAUUAAUGGCAACUGGUGCCUGGGAUAAUAUGUUGUAUAUAUGGUCAACAUCUUCGCAAGAAGGGGACAAUGAUGGAGAAUCCGCGUCGAAAAGGGCAAGAUCGGAAUACGCCAGUAAAACGAAGACGCCAAAAUGUGCGAUGAAGGGACAUAAGCAGGCGAUCAGCGGGAUCGUGUGGUCCGACAAAACGGAGAUUAUCACAGGCUCGUGGGAUCAUACCAUAAAGGUUUGGGACACCGAAUUAAAUGGUAUCAAACAGGAAAUCCACGGCGACAAGUGUUUCUUCGAUAUUGAUUACUCGCCACUGUCACGUGUUGUGAUUACGGGAUCGGCCGAUCAACAUGUGAGACUGUAUGAUCCAAGAUCUACAGAAGGUGCAAUUGUGAAAGCUAAGUUCACCUCUCAUACACAAUGGGUGGCGUCAGUACGUUGGUCGUCCGUUGAUGAACAUCUCUUCGUUUCGGGAGCAUACGAUAAUAUCGUCAAACUCUGGGACACCAGAAGCCCCAAGGCAGCGCUGUUCGAUCUCCUGGGACACGAAGACAAAGUCCUCAGCUGCGACUGGUCGAAUCCUAAGCUGAUAAUGUCCGGUGGUGCGGAUAACACACUAAGGAUAUUUAAAUCCAACCACGUAGAGCACUAAUUACAAACGUGGUACGAUAGAACUUAUUACAAAGCAUCGCACAUAAUCGAAACGAUCGGAAUUCCUCCUGUUUCAUAAUAUGUGCUUAAACUUGUAAUAUUAAUUAUUGAUUUUUUAAACUAGAAAAUUAAUAAUACUAGAUUAUUAAAAUGUUUCAAUCUCUUUUUGUAUAAUGACCAUGUAAUUUUUAUCGUGAGGAUUUUUUUCUUUGUGUGUUGAAUAUACGCUUUUUAUAUCGAUCUUUGGAAAGCACGUAGUUACGAGUCCACCGAGAAAUCGAUUAUAUAUUCAAUCACAUAAUAUCGUACGUAAAGAAUAUAAAGGCUUGAUCGAUGGUACGACUCGAUCUCUUGUAAUAAUGCAAAAAGAAAAUAAAAGCAAAAUGCUAAUAAGAAA